GACCUCCUCUAAAUGUCAGAUGCGCACUUGAGCGUGACUGUUGUGAAUGUUUCACUUUCAUUUAUAAGGAAGAAGAUCAAAAUCUUGAACAUGGCCAGUGCAGAGCCCAUGGAGGUCGACAAACCUGACGACAUGAGACAAGAUCAAGAUGAAGCACACAUUGUUCUCUCAAUAAAGUGGAUAAAGUCUGAUGAUGAGCUACAAAAAGGGAAGAGGCUAGAGACUCGUCUAGAAAAAAUGCUUCAGACUUGGUUUAACAAAUGCAAACAUAAGGUGGACUGCUCAGUGGAAAGGAUGUUAAAAGAUGGGCGUGUUGUGAUAAAGACUAAACCAGUUCCAGUCCUGACUGAGCUUCAGAAACUGAGUAAACAAACACUAACUGGGAAGGAUGGAAAUUCAGUCACCAUAACAUCCAUCAGUCUGACACUGCCAUCUCCAGAGCUCGAUGCACAAGUACCAGAGGAUGCUUCAAUGAACAUUCCCCCAUCUGUGCCAGCUCCACAAACUGCGCACAUUCAACCAGGAAAGCAGAGUAACACAGGGUCUACAGCUGAAAAAGAUAGUGGCAUUUCCCCAAUGUCAGAGCCACAAACGGACCAAGUUCAGGUGGGGAAACAGAGUAGCACAGUUUCCGCAGGUGAAGAGAUGCACUCUUGUUCCGUCCCAGUGGCUCCUUUCUGGUAUGUGAACCACAUGUACGAAAAGGAAAUCAAACAUAUAGAAAAAAAGAACGGAGUUAAAAUCAUGGCAGAUUUGAAGGUGAGAUUUGAAGAAGACCAAAAACAUGGGAGACCAGACAAUGCUCUCGAUGAGUUUGCAAACCUCGUCCAGAAGAGCUUAGCUGAAUCCUGUGGCUCAGUUAUUCCUCUCAAGUUCAUAGAUCCAGAUCAGUGGGGCGAUGCACUGAAAACAAUCCAGGAAAAAGAAAACAAGCUUUUGGUUACUCUGACCUCUGAAACAAUGACUGUACGUGGGCCAACACAAAGUCAAGAGGCCAUGAAAAAGUUAUUAAAUGCAGAUACAGAGCAGAAAAAAAGCGUAGAUACUUCUCAUGAAGAGAAUGAAAGAGAGACUCAAGACACAUCAUUGAAGAUUGACAUGACCACCAAAGACCAUCUCAUGCAUAUGGGACUAACGAUGGAGGAGAGCUACUGGAAGGUGAUGAUUACCUCUUACAGUAAGAAGGUAGCAAAGAUCAAAGAUAAGUUUAAUGUGGACCUGAAAGAAUCAGACGUUGGUCAAGGCAAAGUCAAUGUCAAAGCUGUAUACAAGAAAGAUGAAGGAAAUGCCUCCAUGGAGAGCCAUGCUAUGAGAGAGCUUUUCCAUUUGUAUCAGAAAACUGCCAUGUCUCCCAUGAACUUCUCCCAGUCCAAUGCUGGAAUGUGGGGUUUCUCAUGGCUAUGGCAUCAGCACAAUCUGGAGCUGAACAUGCUUGAGACUGUAGAGAUGACAGUGGACUUCAGGAGACAUCCCUCAACACUUCCUCCCCUCACCAUAUCAGGCAGCCCGGUGUCUACUGUGGAGAUCUUCAAGUUCCUGGGUACAACCAUCUCCCAGGACCUGAAGUGGGAGACCAACAUCAACUCCAUCCUCAAAAAGACCCAGCAGAGGAUGUACUUCCGGACUUUUUGA